AUGAAGUUUUCUACUGUGAUGUUUGUUGCUCUAUCUUCUAUUGUUUCUGCCAACCUUUUCUGGGGAAACUCAGGUGAAAGCACAUCAAGCUCAGGCUUCCUUGGAUUAGGGGAGGGUAGUAGUGGAAGCACAGGCUCAGGCACCUCCAAUUCGAGCUCACUUGGCGAAAGCACGGGGGGCGGCAAUGGUUCUGGAAGUGAUGGUGUGCAAAAGGCAAAGGAAGAAGUUGCUGGGUUCAUGGGUAAGAAUGAUGACACAUCGGGGUUCUUUGGUAGCAGUAGUGAUACCUCCGCCUCUGGUAAAAGUGGCCUAGCAGAGUCUGAGUCAUCAUGCGAUGAAGGUGAAUGUUCUGGAGGAAGCUCAAACCCUCCUAGUGGCAGUAGUGCUAACUUCUGGGGUGGUAAAGGUGAUAAAGAUGAAUGA